GGAGUUCAGAGGGCGAUUAAUGGCCAUGAUAAAACCUCAAGAAAUAUAUUGUCCAAUUUACAGCCAUUCUUGCCCUGAUAAAUGUGCUUGUUUCAAACGUAAUUAUAUAAACUCUCUAAUAAUUGACUGUCGGAAUAUCAAUAUAACUUCUUUACCUUCGGUAAUGCCCGUUGGAAGAUUAGAACUGUGGUUCCGUAAUGCAAGCUUACUCGAAAUAUUACCCAUGGACUAUAUGGAGAAUGUAACGUUUUUAGACGUUUCUAAUAACAGAAUUAACCGGAUUACGCCCAGUACUGUAGCUGCUCUGGGCACCGUGUCAACUUUGAAGUUAGAUCACAAUUACUUGACACAUCUUCCUGAACAGUUGGCGAACAAGAACAUUUCCUCAAUAACCCUUUCAGGUAACCUAUUUAUAUGUGACUGCAAGAUGAAAUGGAUGCAAUCAUGGCUUCACAUACAAAAGAAUCCAGUCAAGGAUUGGAAUAAAAUUGAAUGUACAUAUACCCCAAGCAUGGCGCCAGCACAACUGAUUUCUGUGCCAGAGUCAGUGUUUGUUUGCACAACAUCAUUUUCCCUCCACAAACAUGAAGGUUUCCCGUCAGUUAUAACUGCAAGUGCUUUUUUUGUUUUGGUAUGCAUUUUACUACUUACCGGUAUUACAUUUCAACGCUUUACAAUAAAGGUUCUACUUUUUCUGUUCUGUGGAUUUCAUCCAUUUGAUAAACAAAGUCAAUAUCACUCAAACGUAACAUAUGAUGCUUUUACUUUAUACUCGUACAUGGACAGGGAAUUCGUACAAAACAACUUGGUAGACAAAUUGAAGAGCAAAGGCUACAAAGUUGUCGAUUUUUAUAAAGAUAUGAUAGUUGGUUUUUCGUUUCUUCAAAACAUCGAGAUUUUCAUUGAAAGAUCGAAAAGAAUAAUAUUUUGCUGGACAGAGGAUAUGCUGGGAAAUGAUUUAAUCAUAUCUGCUUGGAAUAUAGCAUACGAGAAAGCUGUAAAGAAUGAGCUUGACCUUUUGAUAUUGGUAGUUGAUAGUGAUGUAAAUAAACGUUCCUGCACCAAUGGCAACUUAAAGAGGUAUCUUAAAAGAGGUAGAUAUAUCAAAAAACAAUCCAAAUAUAUGUUUGCAAGCGUUGAAUAUUUAAUGCCAAUGAUUAGUUCAAAUACUGUAGACAAAAUGUUUAAUGAUAAAAGAGGAGAAGAAAGCAAUAUUCCCAUGUUAGAAACUCUCUCUAACACAGAUUAUUAUUAUGGUAACGGAUUGAUUUAUGUGUCAUACCCUGAUGAUCUAGACUUUGAGAUUCGACAUGAUCUUAUCCCGUACUUAUCAAGAAAAGAGAGAAAUAUCAAAGUUCUUGAACACGAAUUCACACCUGGAGCAGAUAUCCGUGAAGAAAUUCAUAACAAACUUGAUUCCUCGCAGCAUUUAAUUUUCGUCAUUUCUCGUUCUACGUUUGAUGAUGAUAUUAAAAUGUUUAUCCUCACAACAGUGAUGUCAAAUUCAAUAUUACGUAACAAAAAUUAUUUGCUGUUAUUUACAUCCGGCCAUUUACAUGGUGAUGACUUCACAAAGGAGAUCAACAAUUAUUUCAACAAUUUUGUUACAGGAAGUUACAGAGAAGAAAAUUUUAAAGCACGUUUGCUUCAAGCAUUAUGUCAAGAUUUUAGCUUACCCCAUGAUGAAAACAUAGUUGAAAAUCAGUAACUAGAUACUUGCAUUAAAAGGAAACAUUUAAAGUAAAUACAUCUAUAAACAAUGAGAUUAUAAAUGUGACAUUUAAACUGUUAAUAGAUUUAGAAUUGAAUUGUUGAUGGGGUAGAGUAGAAAGCUGUAUAUAUUUUCCUAUACAUAUUGAAUUCAAAUACUAGUAGUAUUUACAAGCAUUUUAUUUUUGUUUUGUACCACUUCAAGACUUUAAUAUAACUUUAAUUUACAUUUAUCCAUCUGUUACGAAGCAAAAUCUUAGUAUUUCAAAUAAUUUUUGUAAUUGAUUGUUUUUUUGUUGUUUUUUUUAUAUUUAUAUAUCAAGUGUCUUGUCAAGCGUUUGAUUAACUUCAUUUGCAUAUGCUAAAAAGAGUUUUUCACACAUUUAUAUUAUAAUUAUAUUGUGUUUUGAUUGUUGACACUUGCACGGACUUUAAUUGUCAAU